AUGGUCUGUCCUGCCUUUUUAGAAACCGAUCACACGAAGAUGACUAAAGCGUCUGCGUCCACCCUCAAUACAGGGGAAAUAGUGCUGUCCGCCAUAAAAAAGCUAAUGAGGAAUACCGGUUGGACAGCGCGCACUAUUAUUAAGUUCAUUAAAAUGGAGUAUAAGGUGGCUGACCCUAAACUUAAUAGGAAGGUCUCAAGAGCUUUGAAGCGUGGAGUUAAGCUGGGCUUAUUGCAAAUGGAGAGGGGUCGAUACAGGCUGAACGAAUUGUCGCGCUUGGUCCGGCCUGUGAGUGCCCGAGAGAUACGGAUGCGUCAGCGCCGAGCCCAGCGUCUGGCGGAGAUCGAAGCUAACUCUGCUGCUGUCGCCGAGCUGGCUGCUGAACAGGCCGCCGCUAAUGCUUCUGCCGCCGCCAACCGAGCCGCCUCCAAUGUUACUGCCGCCGCCAAACGAGCCGUCUCCAGUGAUGCUGCCACACGCGCCACCGCUAAGGCUGGCUUGAGAGCGGAAAUAGCAGUUUUAGAAGCAAGCCGUAGAUGUUUAAUAGCACCUCAAAUUCUUGAAGAGAUUAAAUCUCCUCACGACUUUGUGGCUCAAAUCAUCAAUUCACCGCCCAUCGAACCACCUCAAUUUCACACGUCGCAAGACAACUUAGGCCCUGAAUCAGACUCUCCAGUAGAGGUGAUGACGGGGUACAGUAAACGAAAUUCUAUUUAG